ACCAACCGGGAAUUCCAUCUCUACAUUACAUAUUAACUCUCAGCAUAUGACUAGAUAUUGCAAUUGUUGCGCAAAAUUAUUUUAUUUAUGAUUAGACCAAAUGAUAGCAGCACGUAAGCAGCGAUGGGCUAUAAUUAUUUUGGUAAUUUUUUUGAUUGGACUCUUGUUAAGAAUCAUUUUCUUCAACACAACAUUGAUGCCGCUGACGGAAUCAAGGGCCUCUUAUCGCCAGAUAGGUAUGCCCGUACUGGUCGUCGUCUACUAUGAGGCUCUGUGUCCAGACUCGAAGUUCUUCAUUACCAAACAACUUUUAGACACUUAUAAAGUUGCCGCUGAUAUCAUGGAGGUACAAUUAGUGCCUUAUGGCAAGGCAACAACCAAAGAAGAAAAUGGUAAACUUAGCUUUGACUGUCAACAUGGUGCGUUAGAGUGUCAAGCUAAUGUAUAUCAUGCCUGUGCCGUGGAAUCAAUUGGAGAUCCACUAGUGCGCAUAGAAGUUGUGACAUGCAUGAUUCGUGAUAAUCGUUUUCCUAAGGAAGCCAUGCUAAGGUGUGCUGAAGAAUGUGGACUAGAAGACAAAGAUCGCAUUCAAAAAUGUGUAGACAGCAGCCAAGGUACUGCUCUUCUUAAACUAAACGGAGAAGUAACUCACGCUCUUCGCCCAUCAAUCACUUUUAUUCCAACAAUAACAAUAGAUGGUUCACAAGGUAGACAACCAUCAAUUCUAAAAAAUUUGCUUUCCGAAGUGUGUAAAGCAGCCGGUAGCAGUGACCUAGCUAAUAAAAUCUGCAAAAAAAAUAUUUGAUUGUAAUUUAAACAUUGUAAAACAUUUCAUUAUAUUAACUGUAAAAUAGAAAAAAACACAGUUAAACUGUAAGCAUAUUUUUAAGCGAUCAAUAUUUAUAUUUGUA